AACAAGGGUGAAUGGGAUGCACUGGCCAAAUGGGCGAUCAGUAAUGAUGUAUACUCGAUAAAUGCACGAUGGCUGGUGCAGAUUCCUCGAUUAUAUGAUGUUUAUCGAGCAAAGAAAAUGGUGAAAAAUUUCGAUGAAAUGCUUGACAAUAUCUUUACACCAUUAUUUGAAGCAACAAACGAUCCGGAUUCACAUCCGGAUUUGUUCCGAUUCUUGCAGCAAAUUUCCGGCAUCGAUUCAGUGGAUGAUGAAAGCAAAGCCGAAUAUAUACAGUUUGAUCGUUCAACACCCGAGCCAUGCCACUAUUCGGAUGCCGAAAAUCCGCCCUAUAAUUAUUACUUAUUUUAUAUGUAUGCUAAUUUGGUGGCGCUCAAUGCAUUCAGACGAGCACGUGGUCUCAACACUUUUUCAUUACGCCCACAUUGUGGUGAAGCGGGCCAUGUCAACCAUCUUGUCACGGGUUAUUUAACAUCCGAAAGUAUUGCCCAUGGUCUUUUGCUCCGAAAAUAUCUAUUUUACCUGUCACAAAUUGGGAUUGCUAUGUCACCGCUGAGUAACAAUUCGUUGUUCAUCAGUUACCAUCGUAAUCCUCUUCCGGAUUUUCACAUGAAAGGACUGAAUGUAUCGCUUUCAACAGAUGACCCGUUGCAGUUUCAUUUCACCAAAGAAGCGCUGAUGGAAGAAUACAGUAUUGCUGCGCAGGUGUGGAAGCUCAGUAGCUGUGAUAUGUGUGAGUUAGCUCGAAACAGUGUGUUACAAAGCGGCUUCGAAGAUAAAGACUUGUUUUAG